AUGGAUCUCUUACCGUUAGAGAUCAUACAGCAGAUCCUGGCCGACCUACCCGACUUUGAAUCCCUACAAUGCAUGAUUCUGACAUCUCGCCGAUUUUUGGAGGCCUUUCACGACAGGGAAAAGUGGGUAUUAUGCCAGAUUUUAGAACAAUCGAUCCCUCGAACUCUGUGGUUUGACGCCCAUGUCGCAUUCAUGGCCUCGCAGCUCCCUUUGUAUCAGCAUUGGCAAGCACGCAAGCAAGUCAUGGAGUUUUAUCUUGUCCGAGAUGUCCAAACUUUUCAUGCGUCGUUCCAACCUCGACUCUCCCACCGUCUCGCACUCUCCAAAUUCUACCGCAUCGUUGAGCACUGGUCCAGUGUAUUUGCCUCAUACACUUUGAGAUUCUACCGGAUUGACGGAGAACUCCGUGAAUCGCCUUUGGACCCGGUUCCUGUCUCUGACAGCGAGUAUAUCCGCAUUGAGCGCGAUCUGUAA